AUGAAUAAUGGCUACUUGGAUGGAGCUAUAUCCUCCCAGACUCGCCUCCCGCAAUUACCGUUAUAUUCGAGGGCCUUCGAACAAUUUAUGCAUAAUGAAGAGCACAAUAAAGAGGUCGCGUUCACACCAUCCUAUUUAGAUGGUUCAGAUUAUAUACGGAAGCUUGAUGAAGCGCGCAAGGCUAAACAGGCGCGGAAAGAGGCUCAACAGCAAGCAGGAAAUGGGUUAUCAGCUGGUAUUACGACAACGGGUGCCCUAGCAAGUAAGCCACCAGCCUCUCACCUAGGGAUGACAUACGAUUUGAUCGAACGGGCACCGACUGUCGACGAUGAGACCAUAGUACCACCUUUACCUACUAAAUGGAAUAAGGACGAUAAACAAGGUCCCCUAGAGGUUUUAGCCGACGGCUUGGAGGUUAAGUACGCUUCAGGUCGCACCACGAGGGAACAAGAGCAUGAAGCCUGUGCGAUUCGUGCAGACCAUCCAAUGCCAUGGCAAGCAGGCCUCUACUAUUUUGAAGUUAGUCUUCUUUCUAGGAGAAGAGACGAAACCACAGUAUGUAUUGGCUUCUCGGCAAAGAACGUCCCUCUAGCCCGACCACCAGGUUGGGAGCCUGACUCAUGGGGUUAUCACGGUGAUGACGGUGAUAUCUAUUCCGGGGAUAAGAUUGGGAAGCCCUACGAAGGAAAAAACUUCGGGCCGCCAGACAUCAUUGGAUGCGGAGUCAACUUCCGAACUCGCGAAGCAUUUUUUACAAAGAAUGGGAGGCAGUUUAAAACUGCGUUUCGGGACAUAAAGGGAGAUCUUUACCCUACCGUUGGCAUGAAGAAACCAGGGGAACACAUUCGCGUCAACUUUGGCCAGACGAAGUUCAUGUUCCAAAUCGAUAACUUGGUAAAGAAAGAGCAAGAAAAAAUGAUGGCAGCCAUCAAUAGGACAAGCAUGGAGAGAUUAGUAUCGCCUCCCAAGAAUGAGACGGACUUAAUCCAGCAACUCGUCUUGCAAUUUUUACAACACGAUGGGUACGUCGAGACGGCCCGGGCGUUUGCCGAGGAGAUACAUGCAGAAAAGCGAGACUUACAAAUCGAUCAACAAACUCCUGUACCCGGCAUCAACAUUAAGGAUGAUGAGGAUGCUCACCAUAGGCAACGCAUCCGGAGAGCCAUCCUCGAGGGCGAUAUUGAAAAGGCCGUUAAGUACACCUAUACUUAUUACCCAGGUGUGUUGGAGGAAAACUACGACGUGUACUUUAAAUUGAGGUGUCGAACCUUCAUCGAAAUGGUACGGAAAUCAGCUGAGAUAAGCAACUCGAAUGCCAAAAAGAGUAACGGGCACCCAUACGACGACACUCCUAACAAGAUGGACGUCGAUGAGAAUGGCUUCUCAGACCAGAUGGAAGAAGACGGCCUGGAUACUCAAACAGAUCAAGAGGAUUGGCUUGUAAAAGCUGUCCAAUAUGGGCAAUCGUUACAGGAGGAUUUUAGGGAUGAUACGAGACCAGAGACCACGAAAACACUUAACGAGGUAUUUUCGCUUCUGGCAUAUCCUAAUCCCCUGGAGGUUAAGGAGGUUGCGCCUUUACUGGAUCGCAAAGGUAGAGUAGCUGUAGCCGAAGAGCUCAACUCAGCAAUACUCUCGUCUCUGGGGAAAUCGUCGCGGUCAGCAUUAGAAAACCUCUAUGGACAAACGAGCGUCUUGUUGGAUUAUCUGCGCGAAGAUGGUGGGCCAGGCUCAUUUAUUACCAUUCAGUCUGUUGUCGACUCGAUACCUCAACCGUUCUAG